UGUGUUCUUAUAGAAUGAAAGAUGAAGACAUGGAAACUAGAAUCAAACAGAAGAAGAAAAUAUCCGAGAUUUUCAAAGAUUUUAUGACAGGAAUCACACAGCUUGAGGAACUAGGGAAUGCUGCAAACAACUUUCUUCUUCGGUUUCAGCAAGGACUAAGUUUUCUUCAACGCCCUCCAAUGGUUACUUCGUCUAAGUUGAUGGAGAACAUUAUCAAGAAGAAUGAAACUCGACGGCUUAAAUCAUAUAUGGAAGCAGGAUGUAUUAAUAUCCAUGAUGCGGCACAAAGUACAAGAGCUUUGCAUACAUCUCUAUCAGGACUUUCUGACCACCUAAUCAAAGCCAAAAGCUUGUUAAUUGAGCUGGAGCAUCUCACUGAUGAGGCCGCUCUUGCAAUUGAGUCUGCCACGCAGCUAGAUAAAGACUCAAGUAAUGAAUUGCGACAAGUUACGUGUGAUGAGGAGAACGGGACUGCACAAUUACCUCAAGGACCUGAAGUUACAGAGUACGCUGCACUUAUCGCAGUAAUUUACAAUAUGAUGAAGCAGAACUAUGCGAUGCAGGAAAAGAUUGUGAGAUCGCUUAGUUUGAAGUCAUCAUCUGGUGAGCUAGAGAGUUACAGUCUGAUGUGGUCAUUGCGUCCGUUUGUAGAAGAUGAGAUUUUGAACAGAGCAUGGAAAUGGAUUUACUAAAAAUACUAUUUUCAUCCAAUUUUUUUU